AAUCAAUCAAAUAUUAAAAUGUCUGGAAAAGUUUGGUAUGUUACUGGAUGCUCAAAUGGUAUCGGUAAAUCGUUAGUUCAAACACUCUUGGCAAGUGGUGCCAAGGUUGCGGGUACAUCUCGUUCAAGAAAGAGCCUUGUGGAUGUGUUUGGCGAGGACAACGAGAACUUCUUGCCUUUGGAGGUCGACCUCACAAGUGAUGCCAGUGUCCUUAAAUCAAUUGUUGCCACCACUGACAAGUUUGGUACCAUCGAUGUAUUAGUCAACAAUGCUGGUUAUGGUGCCGUUGGUACAAUUGAGGACUUGUCCAACAGUGACAUCCAGAAGAACUUUGAGAUCAACUUCUUUGCACCACUCCGUGUGAUCAGACAUGUUGCCCCAUUGAUGCGUGCCAAGAAGAGUGGAUUCAUCAUCAAUGUAUCGUCAAUGGUUGCCUUGGUACCUUAUCCAGUCUUCUCAAGUUACACCACGACCAAGAGUGCACUCAACAUGGCCUCUGAGACCUUGACCGCUGAGUUGAAGCCAUUUGGUGUCCGUGUUGUGGCAAUCAAUCCAGGUACAUUCAAGACGGACUUUAUGAAUCCAAACAAGUUGGAGGUGCCCAACUAUCAGAACAGUGUAUAUAAGGAUCAGUAUGUCCAGGCAGUUGAAGUGCCAGCCCAGAACUUGGAUACAUUUCUUGUUGGUGAUCCUGACAAGUUGGCUCAAGUGUUCAUCAAAGUCGUUGAACAUCAAGGUGAACUACCCGCACACCUCUACGUCGGACAAGAUGCACACAUUGCAAUCCGAGCCAAGGCUGAACAGAUCAUCAAGGAUCUCGACAACUGGGGUCAUCUCACCAAC